AUGUAUUAAUUAAUAAAAGGAAUAAAUCAUAUACAUUCGUCAGGUUUUAUUCAUCGUGAUUUAAAACCUGCUAAUAUUUUAAUAACAUAAUAAGGAGAGGUAAAAAUUGCUGAUUUUGGUUUAUCUAAAGCUAUAAACAUAAGAUAAAAUAGAAUGACACCUGGAUGGAUAACUUUAUGGUAUAGACCUUUAGAAAUGCUUUUAGGAUAAUAAGAAUAUAGCUAAGUAGUUGAUAUUUGGUCUAUUGGUUGCAUUUUUUCUGAACUUAUAAACUUAGAACCACUUUUUGACUAAGAUAAAAAUUAUGAUAUGAUUGUUUCUAUUAUAGAUAAAAGGGGAUUUCCUAUUGAUUGGGAAGGUAUGAAUAAUUUUAGCAAAAUAGAAAAAUUUAACCAAUGGAAAUAAAAAUAAAAAUAAAGUAUUAAAUUGAUAUCAAGAAAUUUAUGUGAUCAAGGAAACGAUUUAUUAGAUAAAAUGUUAGAUACUAAUCCAAAUAAAAGAAUAACGGCAAGAUAAUGCCUCUAGCAUGUAUUAUAUAAAAUUAUAUAUAAAUUUAUAUAAAAAAAAGCCUUAUUUUUAUGA